AUGUCUGAGGGCCUUUACCUUGCGCACCUGACGGAGCAGCUGGAGCAGAUAAAGAAGGUGGUGAAAACAUGGAAGGAAGUGGAUGCACGUGUCAAGCAGUUGUGCCUUCCAACGGAGGCUGGUGCAGCUGCCUCUCCUGGCGCGGGCUGCAACAAAGCGGUGCCCACUGAAGGGCUGGUUGGGUAUUUGGCCGGCUCUUUUGCAGAGGGCCAAUGGAAGGACGAGUACCUCGGGGUGAACGCCACUGUAAUGAGUGGAGAACUGGCAAGCACGGAGGGGACUGGCAAUGGGGGCGUGAGGUUCAAAGGGCGUGGUUCGUGGGCGGAAUGGCCGGUGAGCAAACAGGGGCAGAAUCAGCGGUACCACUUUGCGAACUACAACUUCACUCUUAUGGCGACGGUGACGAUCCACGCGGUGCCGGAGGCGGCCAACAGCCCAAUUCCUCUGUUGGGCGUGAGGCUGAACGACAGCACUGUGCUUUUGGGUCUGUCGUACACGAAGGACAGGCAGUGGAGUGUGCUUUGCAAGGGCGGAAAUGGAGGCGAUCGCACCAGCACGUGGGAGCUAAAUAAAAAAUACCACGUGGCGAUCGUGCGGGAGGGCGACAGCCAGGGCUCCGUGUACGUUGACGGCCAGCGUGUGGGGAGCUCACAAGCGGCACUGCAGUGCGAAACGAAGCCGUGCACGAUCUCACACUUCUACAUUGGCGGGGACGGCGGCGUCACAGAAGGGACAGCGAGCGAUGUGAACCGUGUGACGGUGACGAACGUUCUGCUGUACAACCGCCCGUUGGGUGGCACGGAGAUUAGUGCCCUUCACAUGAGAAAAGUUUCCAUUCCAGCACCGGAAGAUGCGAAACCACAAGGCGGGGGUUCUGCUCGAGUUCAAGAAACUUCCAGUAACCAUGCGAGCGACACUUCACCCCAAACCGUGCCGGAGUCUGCGCUCUCGUCGACUCCUCACAAGGCCGUGGCCACGGAGCGGAGGCCCUUGGAAAGGGAGAUUGAGACUAAAAUAGUGGCGCAACUGGAAGACAAACACGCGGAUGGAUGUGGCGGUGCGAAACAAGUGCUGCUGCCGCUGCUUCUGUUGGGCGUGUGGGCGUUUGCGGCACUGUGA